AUGGCAGUCAUCGCUCCAGCUCAGCCCUCCCUCCAUGCGUCCGUCAACUACUUCCUGGAACUCCAUGAAGGUGGCACCGAUGUCCUCUAUCCAGGAACUGCAAUUGAUAAAUUACGACCGCUAAAAGCAAUCAUGAUGCCCUUCAACGACAUUAGGAAGAGUGACGAAGAAUUCAAUCUUGAUGUUCACGGCUUUGCGUUUGAAGCGCACGAGUGCUCCGAGACCAAGUUUGAUGAUAAAGAAAGGAUUACGAGCGUGGUAUAUGAGGAAGUUUCCGAGUUAAUCAAGAACAAAACCGGAGCCACACGCGUAAUUCCAUUUUCGCACUUGGUGCGAAACAACUUCGUGGAGACUGCAGUAGAAGCGGCCAAGAAGGCCGAUCCUAAGGAAAUUAUCCCUAUCAUGACUCCCUCGCUGGUGUGCCACGUCGAUCAAUCGUACAACGGCGCAAUAAAAGUCCUAGAACAGAAUCUUGGCGAUGAGGCGGAGAAAUUCUCAAAAACCAGAUGGGGCAUUAUCAACGUCUGGAGGCCUGUUUCCCCUGUGCAUCGUGACCCCUUGGGCGUGUGCGACGCGCGGUCGUGCUCUGAAGACGACUUACGAACCGUUUUCGUCCAGUUGCCCUCCCAGGGCGAUGGAAGUAAAGUGUCUCGCGGAGACGGGUUCGAAGUCUUCAACGUUGCACAUAAUCCUGCGCAUAAGUGGUAUUAUGCAAGUGAGAUGAAGCCUGAUGAGGUGCUGAUGAUCAAGUGCUUUGAUUCGAAGAAGGAUGGUAGGGCCAGAAGGACACCACAUACGGCGUUUCAGACCAAAGACGAUUAUGGGGGCCCCAGACAGAGUAUCGAGGUCAGGUGCCUUGUGUUUUGGGAGGAUCAGGAAGUUGAGUAGGUAGGUGUUCCUA